AUGGAGUACGUGGAACGUGUUCUCUCCAAAAUUUCCGCCAAACCAAAUCUUUCAGACGACACCGAAUUUGACGAACCGCCUCAUUUCGACGAACAUGGCUACAUUGCGUUCAAGCCUGGGGAUAUGGACAAUCCGAAGAACUGGUCUUCUGCAAGAAGAUGGUAUAUAACUGUUGUCGCUGUUUCCAUGGUUAUGAACGCGACAUUUGCGUCCUCGGCGCCUUCUGGAUGCAUCGAGAGUAUUGCCCAGGAGUUCAACGUCUCUAUUGUAGCGGCUCAGCUCAACAUUACCCUUUUCCUUCUCGGCUACGCCGCCGGACCACUGGUUUUCGCCCCGCUCUCCGAACUUUAUGGUCGUCGAUAUUUAUUCUACAUCACGUUCGCCUGUUACACUGCAUUCGGCUUUCUCUGUGCCUUCGCUCCCAAUUUUGGUACUCUACUCGUUGGUCGACUCCUGACCGGCACAUUCGUGAGCAGCUCGCUUUCCAAUUCACCAGGCGUACUGGCGGACAUCUGGAGUCCUAUCGAACGCGGAAACGCCAUGGCUAUAUUCUCGGUCGCGACAAACAUUGGGCCCGCUCUUGGUCCGGUAGUGGCUGGAUUCUUGGAGCUGACCAAGAGCUGGAGGUGGACCUUUUAUGUCCUCCUAUGGAUGGCUGGAGGGACUUGUCUCGUUCUUCUCACACUUCCCGAGACUUUACCCAGCAUCAUUCUCAAAGACAAGGCGAGAAGGCUUCGUGAGCAAAACCCUCCAAAAUAUCAGAACGUAAAAGCUCCCGUGGAAGCCACGGAUCGGACCCUCAAAAGCACCUUCCGGGUAGCACUGACUCGACCGUGGACCAUCUUAUUCGAUCCGAUCUCGUUCUUCAUCGCCAUUUACAUGUCGGUCAUUUAUACACUCCUCUACAUGCUCUUCACGAUCUAUCCGGUUGUCUUCCAACAGAAACGAGGAUGGAAUUCUGGAGUAGGGGAGUUGCCACUCUUAGGAACCGCCAUUGGGCCAUGUCUGGGCGGCAUCGUCGUCUUCCUGAACUCUCAGCUGAGUCGGAAGAAGGCAGAGAAAGGCUACCAGAUAUUGCCUGAAGAUCGCUUGCCGCUAGCCAUGAUCGGCGGUGUCGGUUUCGCAGUGACCAUGUUCUGGUUUGCCUGGACGGGCGAGUUCAACAGCAUACACUGGAUCGUUCCCACGAUUGCAGGUGUUUUUCUCACCGCUUCCAUCAUGUUAAUAUUCGUCACUUGUUUGAACUAUUUGACAGAUACAUACUUGAUGUAUGCAGCAAGUGCGAUAGCAGCAAAUACUGUCAUCAGAUCAGUCGCAGGUGCGGCAGCACCACUGUUCACGCAGCGCAUGUUCGAUGUCCUUGGCGUUGGUGUCGGUGGGUCGCUCAUUGGAGGAGUAGCAUCCUUAUGCGCCGUGAUCCCGUUCGCUUUUUACAAAUAUGGAGAAAGCAUUCGGGGGAAAUCCAGAUUUGCACCGUCGGCGUAA